UGUGGACCGAAGCGUAGUUGAAGAAGACAAGUAGGGACGGAAACACAUACCGGUCUCAGGAACCCAUCUGGCGUCCUCUCAAACCCCAAUUGCAUUCCAUCUGAUCCCCACCCAAACCCCACCAUCAACGGACCCCUCCCCCAGAUGAUCCCCGCUACACCACCACACUCCACCAACCCAGAAUCCUUGGGUGGGCCAUGUCCGCCGACUUCUGGGCCGGCUACGUGAGCGGCGCUGCCGGCAUCCUCAUCGGCAACCCGCUGGACCUGGUAAAGACGCGCCUGCAAGCCGGAACAUCCAGCCCAAGCCCAGACGCCUCGACCCCGGCGCGAAGCUUCAGAAGCAACUUCGAUCAUGCCGGCACCCUUGUGAAAGGUGCCACCGCUCCAAUCAUAGGCUACGGCGCCCUCAAUGCCAUUCUCUUCGUCACCUACAACCGCAGUCUGAAACUCUUUGGCGAUGACCCUGCCGUGCCAUUGAACCUCUACAAAGUAUGGGGUGCAGGCGCUAUUGGCGGUCUAGCAACCUUCGUUGUCUCGGCGCCGACCGAGUUGGUGAAAUGCAGAGCUCAGGUCUCCCUUACCUCAACUAGCUCGUGGGCAGUUGCAAGAGAUACGUGGAAGCAAGAAGGGAUUAGAGGGCUCUACCAUGGCGGAGCAAUCACUAGCGUGAGGGACGCUGUUGGUUACGGGUUCUACUUCUGGUCGUAUGAGCAAGCCAAACGCGUGACGCUCUCUCCUCAGGAUUCAGAUAGUCAGACGGCACUGAAGGUCAUGCUCUGUGGUGGAUUGGCCGGAGUCGUGACUUGGGCUUCCAUCUUCCCGCUUGACGUGGUGAAGACAAGAGUUCAGACUCAAGUGACAGGCGUUCCCCUUUCGACAGGCCCAGAAGAGGAGCAACGGUUGCUCGGGAGAGAUGUAGAGGCAUCUAAAGCAGAAAGUCAGAGACUAGGAUCGAUGCAAAUAGCCAGACGGGCGUAUCAAACCGAAGGACUGUCAGUCUUCUUCCGCGGGUUGGGGAUUUGCAGCCUUCGAGCGUUUGUGGUGAAUGCCGUGCAGUGGGCAGUCUAUGAGUGGAUGAUGCAGCUGCUUACGCGGAAGGACUAGCGAGGAAAAUCACAUUCACCAUAGAUCAAAAUCAAAUAGUAUGAAAACCGUUAAACCCAACUCCAUUGACUGGUCAAAAGAGCCAGAAGACCGGUGUUGCAUUUUAACAGUACAUAAGACUUUUGUGUCUGAGUGGAGGAAAGAAAUUGACAGGGUAAACC